CGUCCCGGAGAGGAAGCCGGGAGCGAUGGCGGCGGGGGCGCCGACGCCGGAUGCGCAGGCUCGCUUCGGCCAGUCCGUGAAGGGGCUGCUGACCGACAAGGUGAACGCCUGCGGCACCGACGUCAUCGCCCUCACCAAGCAGGUGCUGAAGGGCUCCCGGAGCUCCGAGCUGCUGGGUCAGGCGGCUCGAAAUAUGGUCUUGCAGGAGGAUGCCAUCUUGCACUCGGAAGAUAGUUUAAGGAAAAUGGCAAUUAUAACAACUCAUCUCCAGUACCAGCAAGAAGCCAUUCAGAAGAACGUGGAGCAAUCGUCCAAUCUACAGGAUCAGCUGAACCACCUGCUGAAAUGAAAUGGCAGCCACUCUUGGGCACUUCCAAGCUGAUAGGGAAAUUCCCGACUCUGGAGCCUCAGGGACCAUCCCUUUCCACCUCCCACUGUAGCAGAUGAGUUUUAACACUGAGCCUUGAUAAGCUCCGGCACGAUGGCAGAUGCCAGGGUGGUCUCUGUGGAUGCGCUCCUAACUUCAAGAGAAACAAAACACGUCGGUCUAAACUCGGCCGCAGCAGCGCUUUAAUUUGUUUCGCUGAAGCAGACUUCUUAAUUAGUCAGUCACUGGUAUCUGUCGAGCGCUUACUAUAUGUAGAGCACUGUACUAAGCGCUUCAGAGAGUACAGUACAAGUCCACCAGACCUGUUUUUUUUUUUUAAUUAAAGCAGAGUUUAGAGGAAUCUCCAUGUACGAUCUUCUCUCCCAAAUUGAUCUUUUUUGCCUUUUUUUAAAGAGUGCCAGAAUCCAACCCUUCACGGCAAGCUAUAUUGUCCAAUUAGGAAAUCAAGUUGGGGUUCUUUGGGUUUACAUGGAAAUCCUACCCAGCAAGAUAAUAGAACUGAUUAGGGGUCUGUGAGAAAGCUUUUCCGUUGAAGAGGAUUAGCCGUUGUUUUAGGUAGAAGUUGUGUAAGUUUCCAAGUAUUCGUAGUUUUGGCAUUCUGUCUUGGUCCCGAAUGAUAUUUAUAAUUUAAUUACUAAUUUUUAUAACUGCUAAAAUGAGAGUUUGGCGCAUUAUAUCCUGCUGGCAGCUGUAACCUCCUGCCUUGACCUACAUUCCUACAGUUUCUUUGCUCUUCCAUGUCUUGAUUAAGUGGCCUUGGAUUCCUUUUGCAAUGCUGUAGGUCAUCAGCACACCAAUCGUCCAUCACAUAGUUGCCAAAUCCCGUGGCCGUAAAUUCCCUUUCCUGCUUUCCUGUAGUUCUCAGUAAGUGAUGGCUUUGUGCAGAAGGACCCUGCAUAGUAAAAACCUUGAGCGUG